GGGAAACUGAGGCAGAAGUCUUCAGUGACUUGUCUUCCAUUUAUCCAGGAGGACUUCUGUGAGCAGCCUCCAUGUGGACCUGGACCAGUGCAUGACUGCCCUGGAUCUCUUCCUCACCAACCAGUUCUCAGAAGCACUCAGCUACCUCAAACCCAGAACCAAGGAGAGCAUGUACCACUCACUGACCUAUGCCACCAUCCUGGAGAUGCAGGCCAUGAUGACCUUCGACCCUCAGGACAUCCUGCUUGCUGGCAGCAUGAUGAAGGAAGCGCAGUCACUGUGUCAGAGGCGCCGGAGGAAGUCUUCUGUGACAGACUCCUUCAGCCUGGUAUACCGGCCCACCAUGGAGCAAUUCACGGAAGAGGAAAUGCAUGCCGAGGUCUGCUACGCAGAGUGCCUGCUGCAGAGAGCAGCGCUGACCUUCCUGCAGGACGAGAACAUGGUGAGCUUCAUCAAGGGUGGCAUCAAAGUUCGAAACAGCUAUCAAACCUACAAGGAGCUGGACAGUCUCAUCCAGUCCUCACAGUAUUGUAAGGCGGAGAGCUUCAGGCACUUUGAAGGAGGAGUGAAGCUUGGUGUCGGGGCCUUCAACCUGACGCUGUCCAUGCUUCCUACUAGGAUCCUGCGGCUGCUGGAGUUUGUGGGGUUCUCGGGAAAUAAGGACUACGGGCUGCUGCAGCUAGAGGAGGGGGCAUCGGGGCACAGCUUCCGUGCCGUGCUCUGUGUCAUGCUGCUGCUCUGCUACCACACCUUCCUCACCUUCGUGCUCGGUACUGGCAAUGUCAACAUCCAGGAGGCAGAGAAGCUGCUGAAGCCUUACCUGAACCGGUACCCCAAGGGUGCCAUCUUCCUAUUCUUUGCAGGGCGGAUUGAAGCCAUUAAAGGAAACAUUGAUGCAGCCAUCCAGCGGUUCGAGGAGUGCUGUGAGGCGCAGCAGCACUGGAAGCAGUUCCACCACAUGUGCUACUGGGAGCUGAUGUGGUGCUUUACCUACAAGGGCCAGUGGAAGAUGGCCUACUUCUACGCCGACCUGCUCAGCAAGGAGAACUCCUGGUCUAAGGCAACCUACAUCUACAUGAAGGCCGCCUACCUCAGUAUGUUUGGGAAGGAGGACUGCAAGCCAUUUGGGGAUGAUGAAGUGGAGUUGUUUAGAGCCGUCCCAGGCCUGAAGCUCAAGAUUGCUGGGAAAUCUCUACCCACAGAGAAAUUUGCCAUCCGGAAGUCUAGGCGCUAUCUGUCCCCCAACCCUGUCUCAUUGCCAAUCCCUGCUCUGGAAAUGAUGUACAUCUGGAAUGGCUACGCCGUGAUUGGAAAGCAGCCGGAACUCACUGAUGGGAUACUUGAGGUUAUCACCAAGGCAGAAGAGAUGCUGGCAAAAGGCCCAGAGAAUGAGUACUCAGCAGAUGACGCGUGCCUGCUGAAACUGUUGAAAGGUCUGUGUCUGAAAUACCUGGGUCGUCUCCAGGAGGCUGAGGAGAAUUUCAGGAGCAUCCCUGCCAAUGAGAAGAAGAUUAAAUAUGACCAUUACUUGAUCCCAAAUGCCCUGCUGGAACUGGCCCUGCUCUUCAUGGAGCAAGGCAGGAAUGAAGAAGCCAUCAAGCUUCUGGAUACUGCCAAGCUAAACUACAAGAAUUACUCCAUGGAGUCAAGGACACACUUUCGAAUCCAGGCAGCCACACUCCAAGCCAAGUCUUCUGGAGACAAUGGCAACAGAUCUGUAGUCUCACCAGUGUCUUUGUAGCUUUGUGCAGCACUCCUGGGCUAGAAGACCAACAGAGACAUCUGGACAGAGCUCCUGGAAACAUUUCAAAAGAUCUCUUCCCCUGCCCCGCCCUUGCCUUGCCUUUGGGGUGCAUCGUUCGGUGCUCCAGUGGGAUGGCACAAGAAUAUCUGUGCACAAGCAAAGCCGUCAGUUUCACCAGUGUGGCCAUGGCAGAGCAGGUGGGGCUUCUGCCUGCCCUGUCACACAUACGGGUACUUGUUUUUCACUGUGAUGUUUAAGAGAAUGUAUGAACAGUUUACAUUUUCCUUAGAAAUACAUUGAUGAGAUUAUAGUUGGCUUUAAAAAACAAAGCAAAAAAAAAAAA